AUGCCUAAGUUUGCAAAAACUUGUAAUAAUCCUUUUCAUGAUGAGUGGUCAGAUGGUUUUGAAGGCUCUUCUAGAAUUGUCAAUUUGAGAGCGUACAACCUCGAUGAAUUUGCACGGGCAUUUGCAAAAUUUUCAUCUGAUGAAAAAAAUUGUGAAGUCACACCGAAAAAGAUCAACCAAAUUUGCAAAAAUUGUCUUCAGCAGAACCUCAAAAAGAAGAACUUUAUUAGGUAUUUACCUCAACUACCAUCUACUGACGAGAUUGAAAGGAAGGUAAGCCUACAAUUUUACAAAAUUGUAUUGUUAUUUCUCGCUACUACAUAACUAAAGUGCUGUAUAUAUUAAACCUGUAUGAACAAAAUUUAUAAGUACUUACUACCAAAGGCGUACCGGGCGGGGGGGGGGGCUAGCCCCCCAGUUUUUUGGGCAGUCGGGCAAUAUUCGAUUAACAGUCUGGCAAUUUUGGUUUGUUAUAAAAAUAAAUCGGAAUAAUUUUCCGGGAAAAAUUUUUCGGUACUAGUCGGGCACAGUCACGAAAAGUCGGGCAAUUUUACGAAAAGUCGGGCAAUUUUCUUUCCGCCCCCCUAAUUUUUUCCUUCCGGUACGCCCAUGCUUACUACUGUAAUAUAAGUGUCUGAAAAGCACCCAAACAGUAAUAAUAAUACAGUAAUGACAUAUGACAAAAGGACUCAAAGUUAUAGGAAGUAUUAUGAUUGUCUAUGUCAAUAUUACCUAGGCAAACUUGCAAAUGUUGUAAUCUGAUGUUUUGCCCAAACAUAAAGGAGUUACAUCACACUCUGAUAAUUUUGCAGAAUGAAUGUCACUGAGUUUCAGCCAUUCCCCUAGAUCUACUGUUAUAAUUAGGGUAAGUAUUCCAAAAUUUAAAUUAAUAUAGCUUGAAGAUAUAUCAACAUUUUUGAGAAGUGAACCAGAUCAAGCAGAAGAUGAAGGUCCUGCAUCUCCAAAUCAAUCCCUUAGAUAG